AUGCGAGUGCUCGACGCGGUGGCGGCGCUGCCCUUGACGUACGCUACACUGUCGACUAUCCCUGAGAGACAAGAGUUAUUCCAGUCCAGCAUUCCAGCAAUCUGUUCGCACCCUUCCGUGCAGAUUUGUCAACAUGAAUUCUUCCAGCCACCGUGCCUCACGAUCCAGCUCGGGCCUUCACAGAACAAGGCCCCACAGUUCUGGAUGGCUCCUGCGCCUGGCGGCCCAGGACCAUUUCGAAAUCAUGACUAUACAAUUCGCUCUUGGUCACCGAGUCCGGGUGUCCUGACGUGGUGGGAAGACCGGCGUGGGAAUCUAUCUCAUGUACUUGGCUGGCCGGGGAUAGCCAGUCUUGAAGAAUACACGACGUGGAGCAAGAGAAUAUGGCGAUGGUGGGCAGUCUGGGAGGACGUCGAACUAAAAACCUCAGAUCGAAAUGUUUGA